CAUCACACACAUCAUCCAGAAUAACAACAUUGUUUUUAGCCCUCCUUAUCUCCCCGCUCCCAAAUAUCCUGUUUCUUCGAGUUGCAGUGGCCAGAACCAAUAGAAACCUCUUCCUGCCAUUGGCUGACUUCACUUCCCAAAGUUAGCACAAUCUCAUCCGCUCCAAACAACGCUGAUAGAACCUUUGCCUGUUUGAGCUCCAGAAAAAAAGAGAAAAUAAGUUGACUGUAUUUACAACGGGACUCGAUCGAUAGUCCUGAUCGAGAAUGGCAAGCACCAUAAAGGAAGCGUUGUCGGUGGUGAGUGAAGACCAGUCGCUUUACGAGUGCGCCUACGGAACGCCGCUCCAUCCCAAGACGGAGAUGACGGCGGCGUCUGCCAGCGAGUACGGGCAGGCGGCCAAGAUGAGCCCGCGGGUCCACCAGCAGGACUGGCUGCCCCAGCCGCCCGCCCGCGUCACCAUCAAGAUGGAGUGCAACGCUGGCCAGGUCAACGGCUCCAGGACCCCCCCAGAUAAUUGCAGUGUGGGGAAAGGAGGGAAGGGCCCCAGUGGGGGCGAUGGUGUUCCCAUGACCUACGGCAACUACGUGGAGGACAAACACAUCCCACCCCCCAACAUGACCACCAACGAGCGCAGGGUCAUUGUGCCUGCAGACCCCACGCUGUGGACGUCAGAGCACGUACGCCAGUGGCUGGAGUGGGCGGUGAAGGAGUACAUGCUCCUGGACGUGGACCUCUCCCUGUUUCACAACGUCGAUGGCAAGGAGCUCUGCAAGAUGAGCAAGGAGGAUUUCCAGCAGCUGACCCCCUCCUACAAUGCCGACAUCCUACUCUCCCACCUCCACUACCUCAGAGAGACUCCACUUCCUCACUUGACCUCAGAUGAUGUUGACAAAGCCUUGCAAAACUCCCCACGGUUAAUGCAUGCCCGAAACACAGGAGGUGCUAGUUUUAUUUUCCCCAACAGCUCAGCGUACCCUGACUCCUCGCCCCGGGUCCAGGCUCGACCAGACUUAGCUUAUGAAGCAGCGAGAAGGUCAGGGUGGACACCACAAGCUGUGUCUUCCUCAAAAGGUUCCCAGCCACCUCCUGCCAUAGUGACCAAAACAGAAGAACAGAGACCUCAACUAGAUCCCUAUCAGAUCCUGGGGCCAACAAGCAGCCGGCUGGCAAACCCAGGUUCGGGUCAGAUCCAGCUGUGGCAGUUCCUGCUGGAGCUCCUGUCGGACAGCGCCAACUCCAGCUGCAUCACCUGGGAAGGCACCAAUGGCGAGUUCAAGAUGACGGACCCGGACGAGGUGGCGAGGCGCUGGGGCGAGCGCAAGAGCAAGCCCAACAUGAACUACGACAAGCUGAGCCGCGCCCUGCGCUACUACUACGACAAGAACAUCAUGACCAAGGUGCACGGCAAGCGCUACGCCUACAAGUUCGACUUCCACGGCAUCGCUCAGGCCCUGCAGCCCCACCCCCCAGAGUCGUCCAUGUACAAGUACCCCUCAGACCUGUCCUAUAUGAGCUCCUACCACGCCCACCAGCAGAAGAUGAACUUCGUCACGCCCCACCCGCAAGCCUUGCCCGUCACCUCCUCCAGCUUCUUCGCUGCCCCCAACCCCUACUGGAACUCCCCCGCCGGGGGCAUCUACCCCAAUGCCCGCCACCCGGCCGCCCACAUGCCCUCUCACCUGGGCACUUACUAUUAGGUGGCUGCUGACUCUCGCUCUCAUCGUAGAUACAGCAGCAGGGACGAAGAAGACGAACCGCAAACAAAGGGCAAACAAAAAGGAGGGAGCUUUUGUUUGGGAGGUGUAUACUCUGACAUGUAUACGAGCGGGAGUUAAACAAUGUAGACAGAGUGGGUCGGGAACUAUGUAGAAUAGGGGGUUGUUGAAGUGUAUGGGGAGGCACAAAGGUGUGAGAGGAUGGAUAGAAGGAAUGAGGACGUAUAAACAGAAAGAGAGAUGAGAUGUUGAUAUUAAAUACAAAUUGAGUAUUUAACUGGAAACAAGUAUUGAAUUGAUUAUGUCUGUUGCAUAUGAGUGAGCAGGGAUGGGCGAUGUAAAUCCUAUUACAGUGGGUGGUGAACACACCACCACAAACUAAACCAUAGCUGCAUGAACAGUUACCUAUUAUGUAUAUGUUAAGAGUAUUAAACUACCUUAUUUAAUGAAGCAAACAUAUCAAAAUCUGUCGUAGGGGAAAAGGAAAACAGGGAGUAAACUAAAAGAGUAGAUGUGAUGCCGAAAACAACUUCUGUUUCUGUGGAGAACGGGGGAGGUGGGAGUGGGGUGGAGGGGGACGCAGGUAAACUGUGAAACAAACCGGGAGAGGAUAUGCUUUGUUUAGACAGUGGAGAGUGCAGGACAGUGCAGGAAAGUUGCGCUGAGAGACCGUUGACUCGGGAAGGGGGGGGAAAAAUCAUGUUGGUGAGAUUAUGUGGAAGACGGUUGAUGAUGGAAGAGAUGGACCCUGAGAGACGCUGUUUAAGUUUUAAGACAUGGGAAAUUAAGUAUUAUACCUUUGGAUAUAAACUGCCAUAUCUAUCAGUAUUAUACUUUAUAUGGCAUUACUGAAACUAAAGGAAAAAGCCUUUUUACUUGAUUGCUAUUCUAAAAUGGAAUGGUCUGAAAAAAGGUGCAUCUUUGCAAUUUGGAAAACUGGAAUUAUGAUGAUAUGAGAAUAUUAUAAUGGACCUCAAAUCUGGAUGGAUGGGGGAGUUUUAUUGACCUGUGCCUUAUCAUAGAGAAACUCCUCAUACUUCCAAAGAUAUUUCAUAAAAAAAAGUUUUUUUUUCUGAGUCGCGAACGCUGUGCGUUUGUUAGAAUGAAGUAUACAAUUCAGUGUCAUAUGUCUUUUAUCUUAUAAAUAUAUAACUUAUGCAUUUAUACACUACGAGUUGAUCUCAGCCAGCCAAAGAGCCAGUCUUCAUUUCUUUUCAUAAUGGAUGUGGUGAAGGGGUGGAGGAAGUUGUUAAAACAAACCAAAGUGGAAAGGAACCUACAGUAUUCACCAAAAGUGGACUUGGGCUUUUCAAGUUCUUCAAAAUUGUUUACAAUAGAAAUAAAACAAAUCAAAAGAAAACUGAUUGUAUGUAAUAAAAUAAGCUUGUAUUGGCAUGGCAUUCGGACCUGUUCAGUAUUAUUUUACCUGAUGGAGGCUGAAGUGAGAUGCCUUUAAACCCAGGGAAGCAGCAAAGCCUGGACUGAGAUAUUGAAAUUGUUCACAAAGGGAAGGGUACAAAAAAAAAACAUGUACUAUGGUAAAUUAUGUUUUUGUUUUCUAUUGUGGCAUUUUAAUAAACUAUUUUUAAAGUAUAAUGUUCACAUUAACAA